GCCAUCAAACUCAACCCUUUAAAUUAAGGAAAAUAUCUUGAUUGAGACCCUCCUCGGUGACUAUUAAACUUUUGCCUCUGACGGUUUUCGAAGUCUUUAUUUUCUAGUCUCUGGAGUGACCCUGUUAUAGUCCUGUAGGGAUCUGUACAGUUGGGCUCCUGUACUUCCUAAUUGUGCAGAUACUGGAAAGCGAAGUGUGGGCUUGAAGGUUUGCAUUCAAAGCUUAACAGUUCUAAAACUCACCCAUAUUGUAUAGGUGGCCACCAUGAAAUUUAGUUCUGGAGCACUUUAGGUUCAGUUCUGCCCCAAAGUUUCAGUCAUGCAAUUUCUGAUUUACACAGAGAGGCAUUACCUCGAUUUUCACCACACACUCAUGAACAGAUGUCUGGGGAGAACCACACUGAGUUUACUAAAUGAGGAAGGGUUGAAUUAAAGCCCAUAUAGAUAAGAUGGUGUUUCAGAUAAAAAGGGUUGUGACCCAACAGCGUAUGUAAGAAUCCCACUGAGAGGAAGGCAAUUUCAUUGUUUAAGGAGGAAUUUUGCAAGAUUUGUGCCAGCUCUGUUAUGGCUUUUUUUAAUUCUGUGGCCACCAGCGUGCUGGUGUGCUAACAGACUGAGCAGAAAACAGAACUAAUGUUUUACAGAACACUGCACUGUAUCAUUUUACAGCACAAGUUCUUGAACAAAUGUUUGCAAGGAUCUAGCUCUGCUAUUCCCUUGCAGUUGUUUCCCCCCCCAGCAAUUUGACACUAGCUUGUGCUCUGACAUGAGGCAGUCCAAGGGGUGUUAUGGUGCCUCAUGGCCUUCCUUGAUGCUGCUUUUCCAUGGCCUUUGGUGAUGGCUCUGCUGUUACUUUAUAGGAUUGAAGUAAAUACUUUCCCAUAGAAAGGAUGCUUUGGCUGUUGUGUCAUUAGAUCUGAUUCCAUCUUGUACCACGUAAAUGGUGUUCAGGCUCAAGUAAGAUGAGUAAAGCGCUGCCAUUUGAUUUUGGUAGUACCUUACUGCAGAGGUGGGCUGGCCAGUGGCGUUAAUAGGUCUGGAGCCCUUUGACUGACCAACAAAAUCUCUGCUGUCAUAUGUACUUCAAGUUAUCUUGCAGGGUUUUGUUUACAGCACUGCACAGUCUUUCUGUCAGUAUUGUAUCUUCUUAGCUGUUUAAUUGUGGCUUAGAAAUUAAUACUCAUGGUGGGUCAGGCACAAUGCUCUAAAAUACUUUUGCAAUAAGUUUUAAAAAACUGAGUUAGGUGAUCUAUCACAGAAGACACUGAGAGGACACCAAGUCUGCUCUGUAAGCUCCUUGAGGCAGAAAUCUUAUCUCUUGCAGUCAGAAUAGGAAAGAAGACAAGGAAAGAAAGCUUUUCAGAGAAGAGGGCGAGACAAAAUGUCUUUGGGCACAAGAAUUUCUCUUGGAAGUAGAGUCUGAACCAAAAUCCUACAUUUGUCACUUUGUUACCUCUAGUAGACCUCUCCUCAGUAAUUUUGACCUAAGUUCUAACUUUGGUCCUCGGCAAGCGUGUCUUAAUUUGCUGUUAUGGUGGUGGUUUUCUUUCCAGCAGUUUUCCCACCUUUUGCUGUAAAGGUCUUCUUAUUAUCUUGAUAGGUUGUCUCAUCAUAGAUACCAUACUCUGUGAUCUGUUGACACUGUUUAAGAAGGAAAUUGUUUGCACAGGACUCACUUGCAGAGCUUCCCAGUCACAAACUGGUGCUGGAGCAGGAAAUGGGAACAUCAGGAGAUUUCAUUUCAGGCGCUGUAAUCUCACUUGGAGACCCUGAUUUGCAGAGGUUCGUAGACUUUGGGUAGCAGGACACAGUUGUGGGUGCAUCUGCAUGCUGGAAAGUCCAGGGAGAAGUGCAGUCACACAGAGGGGCAACCUUACCUCCUUCCCCUGCCCAGAGGAGAGGCGGGAGCCCAGGAUGGUCUUUUCCCCUGGAAGCAGCAGCGCUGAAGGUGUCUGUCUCUUCCAAUGAGGUGUAGAGGAGAGGCCGGCUUUGGACAGGAGAAUGUGGAGGUGGGAGAGGGCUUUUAGAGGAUGUAUGAAUGGAGGUGUGAGGCUAUAAAGAUGGAGAUCACAGAUAUUUAUAUGACCCAAGACUUAGCUUUGUGAGUUUGUAUUUAAUGUGUAUUGAUGAGCUGAAUUUCAGCCUUAGCUAUUACAGAAAAUUGGGGAACUGGGAAAAAGAAGACAUUAAAAAAAAUCAAAAUCCUGUACGAAGAUAUAAAGACUGCUUUUGUAUAUUUAUUUUCUUCUAUAUUUUUUUUAACAUUCUAUUUUUCUUCCUUCUUUGUUGGGCAUGACAGGAUAUUUUAAAUUCUUUAGUUGCGAUUAUAGCCAGCAGAGGGAGAUCAAGACCCCAUGUUAGACUCCAACCAUGCAGGCUGAGCUGUAUGAUCAGCACUCGUGGAUGCACUUAAUGGAACAUUCUCAGCAUAGUUAAGUCCUGGAGCCUGAAUCAAGGGGUCGAAAUACAAUCAGGUUUAGUUUUUUUAUGGCUAAACAUAAGGAGGCAUGUUUUGAGGCAGCAAGUCAUAAGUAAUACACGUCUGCACCAAAAUGUUUGUAUCUUGAACAUUUCUGCAUUGUGCUUGGAGUAUAAAAAUGUGAGUAAGAACGCCAAACUUCUUAAAAACUGGCAAAUCCAGUUUCAUCAUCUCAUCUGGAUGAAAUAUAGUUAAAUGCCAUGAACUGCUAACAAGUCCCAAAACAACCUCUGAGAACCCUGGAGAGUGGCAGUGGACAAAACAUUUUGAAAAUAGCCUCUAAAUUUUUUAACACCAUGGUCAAACUUUCUUGUAGACAGUUCUUGCGAAAGCAGUUAAUUCUUUCUUUAGUUUUUUAGUGUAUAUUCUAGGAUCUGUGCAUUCCCGCUACAUCUCAUGUGCCAGAACAAGAAUAAUAAUGAAAUAUGUGAAAAUAAAUCGAGCAGCGCUGGGCUUCCUUUAAGCCUGUAAUUGUGGUUCCUCUGUGACAAUAAGCUCUCAACUGAGCCUUCAUCCAUUGAGCAGUCAGCAUGUUUUAUGCCAUCUCAAGCUGGUAAAUGAGAAUGUAAACCACAUUUUAAAGUAAUUCAUUCUAUAAACUGGUCUUGCAAAUUUUAAAUUACAGUAAUUUGAGUAGAUGUGCAUGUUGUUGCCCUUGCAACAGAGGCAGAUUCUUCAGAACUGAGCAACUUGUUCUUGUGUGCAAACACAUACUGUCAAAAACUCCUUUUCUAGUUUCUUUCAUUUCUUUAAAUCAGCAUUCUGCAAAUGUGUAUUUUUACUGCAAGGGAAGCUGAAGUGUUUAAAUGCUUGAAGACGUAAUUAUAGAUGGAGCGAAUCUUAAGAUACAAGUAACAGCAUUUCCCUUUCUCACUUAAACCUGAUGGGCUAACACUUGUGUUUAUAUACUGCUGCAAACUUAAUUUAGAUGUAGUAGUAAGGACUGAGACAAGUUGUGCUUUGUAAAGAAACCAAAGAAAGGAACUGAACAGACCCUGAGUGAAAACAGUGAGGGGAAUCAGCGUGUCUGGCAUUGACAUAAUACUGCGAAAUCAAUGCUUUGAUCAACUAUAAAGCAUAACAGCUGUGUGAAAGGUUUGCUGGGGUUAGCUGGCAUUAUCUUGUGUAAAGGAAAGUACAUUGUAAACCAGUAAAAGUUAACUGCCAGAGCCCAAUAACGUUUUUGUGACUGGGAAUUAAGAUAAAUUUUUGCUUCUGUUGGCAGAAUGAUAAAAAGAACUGGGGCCAUUUUGCAUACAGGUGAAAGAAGGCGGCGAUGCCCUGUGUUCCACAGAGGCCAAGGCACCGCAGGUACGCAAAGUAGUUCAGCUACCAGUGCUGCCUUUAAUGGAACUGGAUCAUUUUUUACCUGGUUAGUUAUCGACUGGGAGGAGAUGACUUCGGAAAUGGGCAAUACCAGAAAGCGUCAUAGGGUGGCAGCAGAGCAUUUACCACGUGUAAGCAGAAAUUACUGUAUUUUUGCAUAGUUUUUAUAUAGGUAUCUGAAAAUGAGCUCUCAGGAGGGCAGCUAUGGUCAAAGUGCUCUGUGCUUGAAAAGAGGUUUCUCUCCAAAAGUGUUUGCAUGUGUCUACGUAUGUGUAUUUGUAUAUAAUAUAUUUAUGUGUAAGCUCACGCAUACAUGUACACAUAAAAACUAUGUCUCUGCGGCAUCUGAAGGUUUUAACUUUGUGAUAGAGAAGUGAGAAGCUUUAAUGUGAUCACUACAACUACCAUCUCCCAAAUUCGAUCCCGUAUCCCUGGCAGUUCAAGCUUGUUCCUAGAUAGAUUGCUUGGUGCCAGGGUGAAUAAAGCCAUGUAAUUUUUCUAAAUUACUUUUCUGCUGGAAGGAGUCAAAUGGCUCUGUGAACGUGGCCAGCAGCAGUCACUUUCACCAAAACUGAUAGUUUUUGUUAGUCGUAUCUGCCUCUUUGUAAUAAACGUCUGAACAGCAGGAUAGUUGGUAUUUGGUAUCCUUUUAGGAAGGAAUUGACCUCUCUGUAUUUAUUCUACAAUGUAAAUAUUGAGUCGUUUUGCUGAAUAAUGUGGAUGGUGCUUGGAGGGCUUCGAAAAUACUGUCCUUUUUUUGGAACUAGAAUCUAAGCAUCUUUUGGGUGUGUUCAUUCAGUGAAGAGGCAGAGCAUUUGUUUUUGUUGUUUAACAUUGGCUCUGGAGGGGGUUGAUGCUGUACACCUCACAAUAUAGUCCUCACAAAGAAAUGUGUUUUGGCCUUGGGGAGGACACAAAAUGUAGCAUGCAUGAGUACUAACAUGCAUGUUUCCUUUUCAUCUCAUACAAUAUGAAGUUACAACAUUGCUAACUUUUGCUAUUUUUUUGAGAGUUGUUGCUAUUGUAAGUAAAUAUCUUACCUGGUGACGGGAGGCAGUCUUUGAGACAUCAGCACUGAUUUGGUAGGUCAGAAUGGGCACAUCUCUCUUGGCAAUGGCAUAAUAUGCUUUCUGUGAGAAAUGUAAGCUAACACAUCACUUAGGGAGCAAUUAGAGGUAGGUGUUAUAACCGAGAGCUGCCUAGGGGUGGGUGUAAAACGGAGAAUGGGGAAAGAUGGCAAUGACGGUAUGAUAGCAAUGAAACUUCAUUCCUUAUAGUUGGCCCAGAUAUCAUGAGUUUAUCACAUUAGAUGAUCUUCCUUGUAUCUGCAGUGAUUUAACCACAGUGAAUUUGGUUCAUCCCUGCCAUUUUCUGUCAUUAAUGUAAGCAAUUCCCUUGUUAAUUAUUGCAUCAGCUCUGUGAUUAUUUGUGUUUGCCUGUAGUGGGGGGAAAUGUCCCCUCGUGUAGUUUCAUUAUUUGCUUCCAUGCUUUGUGCUAACUUUUGCAGAACAUUAAGAUGUAGACUGGAAAUGACGGGAAUUAUGGUACAGAAGGUCAAGUGUACGAACUCUUACGAUACCUCUCUUUGGCACUAACAUGCGUACUAAGAAUGCAGUCGUUGGUGAGAGUGUGAUGGUAGAAACAACAUUGAGCUUUUCAUCUGUAGAGAAUUUAUGUGAAGUCACUCUGGGAAUAUGUCAGCCUGCAGUGAUUAAGAGAAUAGGUGGUAGGAAAUGAAGGUGAGUAAUGGGAGUGCUGUCAAUUCUUUGUUUGUAGCACAUGUAGCAGAAUUUUCUUGUUUUCUUUUGGACAAAGACACUGAGGGCAGGCUGAUACUGAAAAACUUAUAAGGCUAUUUAUUAGAAAUCUAUUAUACCUUUUUUAGUAUCAAUAUUUUAUGCCCAUUUCAAGACUACGAGUGCUACUUCUGUCUCUUUGAAGAGUCAGCUCUCUAAAUAUCAACUUUGUAACCCUUAGUUAAUUAAUAGUUUUUUUGAACAAAUUGCCUCUGGCUUUCAUUUUCUUCCCAUUCACAGAUUUGUCAACGUGAUUGCAGAAAAAAACCUGCAGUACUGAUUGUCCCGUGCCUAUUUUACAUGCUGACAAUGGAAAAACUUUCUUUUUCCCACAAGUUUGCAAUGACAUUCUCGUCUUCUCUAGGGGUUACUGCAAGAGGAUGACCACCACUUCCUCCCAGUUAAACUUCCCUGUGUCAAAGAUAUUUGAUCAUUUUCAGUGGGUGGAAAAAAGCAGUUAGCAGGCUGAUAGUUGCAUGCGUGCCUCUGCAGGCGGUUGCAAAGGAUGCUAUGUUAGGCCAAAUCUCCAGCAGACAUAAAAACAUCAUGUUAGCAAAAUAGCAUGAGGAUCUGUAAGAUAAGCACUGACUGGUGUGUAGAGUCCCUACAGCCUCUGUGACUGCAGCCAAAGGUCAGAUCUGCUAACAACACUCACAAGAAUUCCUGAAGGUUCCCUUGGAUCUGCCUUGGAUUCAGCAAAAGUGCAUCCAAACCUCACGUGUUUAAAGGGGUGGUUUUUAUGCUCGGUGACUUGCCUGUUUUAAUGAAAGUUCAUUUAAGCUAGAAGGCUUCAGACUGUGUGAUUAGGAAAGACUACACAAAUUCUUGACGGAGCAGGUACCAUGGUUUUCAAGAAGGGCGACCCAAGUCAUCAAAGCACUCAUGUAUUUUUGGGGCAUUUGGAUAUGAAAUGCACUUACUCUGAAGGGACAUCUCUGCGUAGACAGGAAAGCAAUGUAUGUGUGACCACAUGAGUGCUAGUGGCGUCUGGCAGCUUGAGGUGCCUUAGUGUUCUACGAUUUAUUCUGUUCUUGUGGUGGAAGUGAUUUCCCAGGAAAGUGGAGAUGUAAGACUAGUAGAGGAAUUCACUUGAAUCUACACUGAAUAUAGCAAUAUUAGCUAUAAUGCUGACAGCUGGUGGUACCAGUAUCUCUGCACAUGGUAAAUAGCUGUUAGUAAUCCGUGUGGUUGUGUUAAUACCAUGAAUUCUGCUGUAAUGCUCUUUAGGAUGUUUCAGAUAAGUUUUGAUCAUAGAUACCCAAAGAUGCAUCUGAGCUUCUUUUUAUUCAGCGUUUUGAAUGUUCUUGUUUAAGUCCUGACUCUUGUCAGUGGUAAAUUGGGGGCCCAAUUAUAAGUCAGGGGUUUAUGCCUCUUUUCCAAUGUAGCACAAACAUUGGAAUUUCAGGUAAUCUUACAAAAGGAAAUUAAUGAUUGUGUAGUGCUAAUAUCUUUCCAUCAUUUUUGUCCAUUUCCUCUCCCACAAUUCACCAGCAGAGGGCUGAAGGACUUACUACCUACGCUGCUUAAAUUCAUGGGUAAAGUACUCAAACUCCCCUUCUGCAAGAACUGUUUCUGACAGGUUGAUUGCAGAUCUAAACCACUGUGCUUUCUGAGUGCGUGAAGCAUGCUGCAUACCAUACUAAGCUAGCAGGUAUAGCCUCUCCAUAUCUGAGUAAUGUUCACAGCAAGAUGCCCCUUUUCAAACAGCAUGGCAUUUUGAAGCAUUAUUGUUUUACUUCAGAGUUGCCAAGUGGAUGCCUUUCUGCAAUGUGCCGUUUUAAGCUUGAACUGUCUGAUAGUUACUGCUCUGCAUGAGGAAGAUAAGUAGAUAAAGUGGCUGCAAUCAUCUGUCUUGAUCUGAAACUGAUGUCUCUUUCUACAGCAGCCUUGGCUGGCUGCGCAGCGCACGCUCGGGGAAGUUCUUCUAUGCUUCUUGUUGUGUGCCCUGCUGAGUUGGGUUAAAACCAGGACUUUGUAUUAUGAGAAUGUAGCCAAAGGUGGAAACUUGAGCUUCAUGGGAAAGAAAACAGAUCCUUUUGGCAUCUCAGAAUGGUUAGUCCUUGUAAUAACCCAAUAUGAUUUUUUCCUGACUAGAAGACUGGGAUUCUGAGCUCCAGCUUUAAGAGUGGUAGUAAUUAAUCUACUACUCUGCAGAAUUUGUGGUUAGGUUGCUUUACAGCUGUUUUGCAGAAGAAGGAAUUAUUGAUUCUUAGUCUACUAAAGAACCUGAAAGAUUCAGUGGCCUUUUGUCUGCCAUGCCAUGUACUCUGAAAAUAGCAGGCAAUGUCAUUGUGGGGGUUUUUUUGACCCUAAAAGCAGAUUGGCAACAUGCCUUUGGCCUAGCUUUUCCUAUUUGCUAAGUGCUUUGCUGCUAAGAAAAUGCUGUGAAUAAUUGCUAUAAAAUUAUCAGUAAAAAACAUUUUGAUGCUAAAUGCAUUCAGAAUCAGUUUUUUUAAAUGGUUUUCAGGGUGUCUUCCCGAGUAUUUUGAAUCUCUUCUGUAUCAGAAUAUUUUCUCUCUUCUACAAAUUCCAACAAAAAAAGCCAACUUCUACAAAUCGAAUGUUUUCCUAAUUGUAUUUAGGCAGCUCAAUGAAGAGAAAGGAGGUAUGAUUUACUCCUAAGUGCCCUAAGAAAAUAUGUAGGCAAGACUUGAAUAAAAACAAAAUUACCACCACAAUUUACUUUUUCAUCAAUGCCUGGAAUAAAAAUAUGAUUACAUUUCAUGAUAUUAAAUUUGUUUGAAAUAAGUGAUUUUCAAAAGAAUUAGUGAUUUAGGUUCUAUAAUGUUUGACAUGUUUCUUAUGUGCUUUCUGGUCUUUGUUUUGCAAAGACAGAUAAAUAUGAUUGAUAUCAGUCUGGAGAGCGUUUACCUAGAGCAAAGGCAGCUUCUUUUUAUUCUCAACUUCUUAUGAUAGUGAGUUGAGGCUGGUUAAGAUUGGGGCUGUGUUCUAUUAGUACACAGAACAGUAAAUAAUCACUGUCCUAAAGAAACUGUAACCUAAAAAGGCAGUGUGAGGGAAGGGACAUACAGAGAACUAAUGAUAUAAUAACAUGAAUUGCAGUAGCUUUUUUUCUUUUUCAGAUAAGGUAUCUUCUGGGGAAGAAGUGGAUUAGUGGAGGAAAGGAGCUGGCUGAGCCUGUGCAGGAGAACUUUGUACUGCAGGAGAACAAUCCUUGCAGGAGGCAAAUAUUCCUAAUGGAAGCCAAGAUGGUACAAGCACUUCCCAUGCAGGACAGUGUUGCUAUACACACCUAGAUUCUGCUUGAAGUACUACUUGUGAGUACUUAGUCUCCUUUUUUAAAAACUUCUUUAUUUUUACAGAAAUGCUUCAAACCCCCCCCCACUCUGUCUUCAAUCGACUGUAUAGAUAAAAGCAUAUUAUCGUCUCUGAUUCAUAGAUGGGGAAAAACAGUCUGAUAAAGAUUAAAAUCCCACUUCAAGGAAAUGCAAGAACUUCAGCACACAUUUUAAUGUUCCUAUGUUUUUGGCAUAAGCUGAAAGUCUCUGGGAUGCUGUCAGAAGCAAAAAUAGAAUAUACAUUUGAGUUGCAGACAGUACCUCAGCACAAUAUUCCCGGCUGCAGUGUGUGGACAUAAGAAUUUUUCUUUGUAUGCUUGAUAAAAAAUGUAAUGUGUAGCAUAGUCAUACAGGAGAGAGAUUUAUUUUUGUAGUUGGUUAUUUAAUUCGGUGGUUGGUAUACUACAGUAUUGAAGCUUAUUUUGGUGUGGAGAUCAAUGCAAUUCUAACCUUUCUCUUUAGCUUUGCACGUUUUCACAGAAGAGCGUUGUGUCUUUUCUUUGGUCAAGUGCCUUGGAAAUAAAUUCGGAGAAAUAAAUAAGCACAUUUCUACUGUAACUGUGAUGUGCAUAUGUAUUUAUAUAUAUAAUAGUAUUGUGUGUCUUGCUCUAUAUAACAUUUUUAGGUGUCUGUGCAAGCAGGAGAUUUAUGGAGUGUGACUCAUUUUUCCUUCUCCACACUGUUCCAGUGGAAGAGCUCAGUCUGCUAUGAGAAAAACUAGUACACGUUAUUAAGAAUUCCGAUAAAGUAGGCUGAAUAAAUUUGUUUUCUUUGUGAGGCUUAAUCCUGUGUUGUAUUGGCUUCUUGGACAUGGCUAAUUUAUUUGGAAUUCCAUUCUGUUCCCGACAGCAUUCCUGAUUAGCAGUUUGAUCACCCGGAGCAAAGUUACAUACCAGCUUUCAACUCUUGUAAUCUAGCAGUGUAAUUUUUUCAAAUGGACUCUUUUCUUUCCUUCUUUGUCACAGCUCCCCUUCUUUUUGUCUGCAAAGAGACUUUAAAAAUAAGCAGGAUAACCUGUUAAGAGAAUGAAAAACUUGUUCAAAACACAAUAUAGUUUGCUGAAUGCCUGACUUGGGUCUGGUCACAAAGCCUCUGAUGCAAAUAUCAGACUGGAAUAUGGAAGCUUCCAAAAUCAUAGAUAGAUCAGCCUGGGUUUAUUGUAAAUCUAGUGUUCUGUGGCAAUAAAAAAUGAGACUUAAGAAAGCAAACCCUUAAGGAGACAAAGCCAAAGCAUAAAGUCUAAGCCAUGCGAUCCCACACCAUUUUUUUUUUAAAUUUAUUGUGGUAAUGGUAGGUCUGACAAUUCAUUAUUAAUCAUAUGGUUUUAAAUAAAUUUAAGUUUUUUAUAGUUGCACAUAUAUAUAGUGAGAAUAUUGUUAAAUACAGUCAUACUUUGAUCACCUGUCUUCAAAGUUUCCUAAAUCCUGUUCAUUUCUAAGUAAAAAGUUAUAAGAAAUAUCUCAAAUAUACCUUUCAGAUACUUUUAAACAGAAAAAGAAGGUUCAGAUCUGUGUCACCUUAUAAAACUUAUAAAGCAUAACUUUUUUUUCAAUAGUUGAUUUUGAUGGGUGGUAUGAUACCAUCUUUGACUUCUUUUUGUGGUCUAUAGUUUGCCAAAGCACAAUUUUCUUAUGAUAGAUUUUAGAAACUUUAUCCUUUGCUUUAACUUUCACUUGGUAGUCAAGUUAGUCACAAUACUGGCCCUUGAAUGGAAACUGCAGUUGGGUCAUUGUUCACUUCUAUCAGUGCUGACUCAUGCUGUCAAAACAUAUGAUGUCUAGGAAACCCAAAUUUAGUUGUAAACCAGACGCAGGUUUUGAUCUGAUCUCUUCUUUGGUUGAGCACAGGAGGAGCAUCAUCCAAGUGAAGCCAGAGGAAAGGUAGCAUGUAGCAGCCUCCUUCCAUAAUGGUGCUUAAUCUGCCACGGACAGGUAGUUACAAAUGAGAGGGAACUAAGUUUUCCAUUCUGUGACAUUUCUUAAGGUCUCAGUCUGGUUUUGUACAGGAAGCAAAGUUUUUAAGUCAUGAGAGACUUGGGGACAGCCCAAAGAUAGGUGACCACAGCACUUGUCAAAAGACUCAAACUGUGGGUUUAUGCAUGAUUGCCUUGACUGUAUAAUGCCUUGAAGGGCUUCGUUUGUUUUUCUGUUUUGUUCUGAUCUUGAAUUUUAGGGAUCUGAACAGUAGUUCUUGACAAAUAUUUCAUCAAAUCUGGAGCACAUUUGGCCACAUUUCUAGUUUUGAAAAAUGGACAUUUCAGUCAAAACACCGUUUUGCCAAAAAUAAACAUAAUAAUAUUCUCUACCAGAAUGGUGUGAAUUCUAUGAGUUCAGUGAAGAAAAAAAAAAAAAAAAAUCCAUUGAUGAAAGGAAAGCACUGAGAAAGGAUGGUUUAGGGCUGGAUCCAUUAUGUCAGAUUGAAUUCAUUGGUAAUUCCUUAAUUUCCCUAGCAAAAAUUCAGAAGUUCUUUCUAACCAAAAAAAUGACACAUCUAAGCAAGUGUGAAGACUUAGCUUAUGAGUUGGGUCUCUGACCACUUAAGAAGGAAAUGGAUAUAAUCAGUCCUUGAUAACAAGCUGUUCCGAACAUUGUAACAUGAAUUUCAAGUAUGUAUGCUUGGCUUUUCUUCCCUGAGUGACUAAAUCUUUUUGUGUUUUUAUGUUUGUUCACCAUUGGACAUUUUGGAUAUCACUAAUCCUAUAAUUAGCUGAUGUGAUUAAAUAUCAUGGCAUAUACAUCAUCUAUUCUUCUACGUCUCGAUCAUGUUCUGAUCACGCUUCAAGAAAUUCAAGGAAGCAAGAUGUCUGGUGCUGAGCCUUGCAGCGUGCAGCAGUGUGUGGAGGUGAUAAUGGAGUGACAGCUGCAAAGGUCUCAUCAAGUGUUUACUAAAAUACAAACCUCUUUAGGUAAUCACUUUUAAGGCUGAUUUCUAAGUUUUUGUUUCAUUUCCUCCUAGCUCUUCCCCAUGAUUUUAUUGUUUCCUAAAAUCUGUGCUCUUUUGCUUUUAAAUCUCACUGAUUUUUGACUGUGAGGCCUUUGACGAUGAGCUAGAGUUCUACCAAGUCUUUGUUUUUAUGGACACUGAGAUUAUUCUUAAGAGAAGAAAUAUGUAAUAAAUGAAGCAUCUUAGUUCUGUCUUUGUUUCUCUUGGUCAUGGAAAUGGGCAUAUUGAAGUGACUGCAGUGGGAGGAGUAUGUUUGCUGGGGAUUUUCCAGUAGAAAACCAGUGGGGCAGGUGUUUGCUUUCCUUUGACUCAACGCAACAUUGAAUGAUCUUGAUAUGGGUAUGUUGUCACAAGUUAUUUGAAGCAGGAAUUGACUUUGAAUGUCAGGUUUUGUCCUCUAAAGCUAUGAAUACCUCGAUCUGGCUCUUUUUAUUUUGGUAUUUUGUUUUCAGUGUGCCGUAGAAUGCUUGUUCAGGAGAUUUCAUGUAUGUAAACUGGAGCAAGGUGCCUUUUUGACUCUGAUAACUUUAGAAGGUGCAUGAUUCUGAUAGAUAAGUGCCGAUCUUGACUUUUUCUUUUUUUCUUAAGAACAAACUGUGAACUUCUUAGCCACGUCGACAUCUGCAACUCUUUGCUGUUUUCUUUUGUAGAUAUCCUGCCUUUUGAAUGUGUGGUAAAUACAGUAAGUUAAAUAUUCUAUUUUUUAAUUGUAAUUUAUUUUUUGGGGUAUAGUUCAAACUGAUGAUAGCGGAUGUUUUAUGGUUAUUGUUGCAUUGCCUGCCUUAUUGCUUGUAGAUUCAAUUGAUAUUUUAAAAUUUUAGGGUUGAAGUGAUAUUUUAGGAGAUAGACUGCUUUAUAAUUGGAACUGGAAAAUUAGAGAUGAGAUCUGUUGUCUUACAGUUUGAAGGUCAACAAGGAUGCGUAAUAUGUACUUUUUUUCAUUUUAAACUACGUUCAGUGGGUGGUGAUUACCUGGACAAUUAAUUAUGUGAAAAUUUCAAAGCAAAAUAUGGAAUAUGUCUUGGAAAGAGUUUCAAAUUAGGGGAUUUUAAUGAAUAUUUAUAGCAGAAGAGGGUAAUAAUGGUGGUUAUGUGAUGAAAACAUGUUAGUAAUAAAAUAUCAGCUGUCAGGAGUACCAUUCUAUCAUGCCAUUGUUCUCUAGAGAGAUAAUUAGUUGAAAAAGUAUUUUAACAAAAUAAAGUCUGAACAGAGAGGAUGCUCUUCUGUGUGAUACAGCAUACAUUUUUCAAAAAGGCAAAUCAUUAAAAAUGGUGCCAGGCAUUAGGAACAUCUGUUGUGCGAAAAAGUAUGUUUGGGGAAAUCCAAAUAAUAAUUAUCAAUGUAUAGGCUUUAAACAGAGCUUUUUCUCAUUCAGACUCAAAAUACUUUACAAAGGAGGGAAGAACAGCUAUCCAUAUUAAAUUGCAUUUUCUAAAAUCUAACCAUAUAAUGUUUUCAUCUGGCACAUAGAUUUGCCUUCCUUAUGCUGUGCCAUUAAUUUUCUGUGGGAGGAAAUCUACCCUAAGAAGUGAAAUCUAAGCAGGAAAGCACUAUCCUUCCAUCUUCAGCAACUGAAAUGCUGUAUUCCUUUGUGUGAAUAAAUGUAGUACCUAUGAAGACUGCCAAGUUGACAGCCGUGGCAUGCGGAGCCAUAGACUGCCUAUUGACCAGGCAGCCAUGGUGGAAGCUUACCCGGCUUUAUAUAAGCCUGUCCCAAGCAGAGCCCAGUGCCAGCAAGGGUUGUGUGGUUUCUGUUCUGGCUUUGACACCUCUCAGGGAACGCUGGAGAUGGCAUAGCUGAGAAGCACUUGUGAGUCCAGCGAGGAGGCACCUGUUCACUUGGCACUGGAAUGAACCACCAAUUUGUUCCUCAUGUACCCUUAAAUAACCACCGGGCUUCUCACUGCUAACAGAUUGAACUGGAGCUGAUGGCCAAGGCACAGGAUGUGCUGUAUUACAUGACAGUCUCAUUAGGUACUAUUGAAAUCAGGAAAAUCCUUCUGGUGAUUUUCAGCAAUCCCUAGAGAGUAUGGACAGCAGGAUUGCACCAGGAUAAAGGAAGAUGGUUGUCACAAAAGAUACACUUUCAGGUACAGCAGUCACAUCCAUUCAGAGGCAACAUUCACAGAUAUGUGCUUUUCCCCCCCAAAAAAAGCAGAUACCAUUGCCUCAGCCAAAAAAUCAAUUUACAGCCACAAAAUGAGCCAGUUGCCCAGCUGAGUAUAUAAUAUAGAGCCCCUGACUGUGGGCUUACAGUGGUGGUAUUGUAGCAGAUAGACCCACUGAACAAUUUGUCAAAGUGUUUUUCCUGCUUAAAUCCCUUUCAGAUGAGAUGAAGAUUUCCUUUCUUCUCAUCUGUGUGGAUGUAGGUCCCUUAGAAAAAUGGUUUAGGGAAAAAGCUGUCAGGAAUGGCAUCUUGCUUUAGGGCAAGCUGAUAGACUUUUUGGGUCCCUUUCAUCCUUUUGCGUGUUUAUGGAGGUGACCCUAGUAACAUUUAUGUGUACGUAUAUUUGUUCUCUCGAGCCUACUGCAUUUUUUUCACCAAAAUCUUUACUAGUUGAAAGAAGUAUUCCCUUUAAACUCAGCAUCUUUUGUAGGUAUGAAAAGACACUCAUUGUUUGGUGCACCUCUGCAAAGAUUCCUUCUUAAUCCUGGUUGUAUGUAUUCAUCCCUUGGUUGAGCCUUCAUAUGCAGAGGAAUUUGAGUUGAUUCACAUUCCUUCAUAAAUGCACAUAGGGUAAUACAUCAGACUUUCUUUCCGUUCAAGCAAUAUGAUCAGCUCUGACACUUUUCAAUUACAUUAAAAAAAAAAAUCUCUGUAGUAGUUAAGAACACCCAUUAGUGCGAACAAACUCCUGAAACCCCUUAAAGUGUUUGCUUUGCCAUGCCAUUUAACUAUUUACAAAGCCUGGACCUUUGCUCCUGAUACACAGUCAAUAAAAGGGCAUAGACUGUUUUUUUAAUUGAAAUGUAAAUGUAUUUGUGUUGUCCUUGUAGAAGGCAAGGUAUUGACUCUCAUGAGGUUACCCCAAUCAGGACAAAUCUGACCAGAAAAUGGUAUUGUAAGAGAAUACCGACACUCAAUAUUAUUUGGUUUAACCCAGAGUUUUGAAAAUCAAGGAGGUAGUCCUGACACUGUGUUAUUGCUUGGACCUUGUCUAAGUCAUUUCACUUGCUGCUUAUCCUUCGCUUUUUUGCCUUCACAUCUUCAUUUGUCCAGGUCCAGUUGCUGAAGUCCAGGCCCAGGCAAGGUAUUACUUGAACAAUUAUAAAAGUUCCUUGUUUUCUUCUUGAACUGGACCCUAGAGCUUGUUCUUGUUCUAGCAGGGACUUGGCAUCACUGCGGAACUCAAGGUAUUACUGUACGUAUUCCGAUUUUAAAGGAAAAAUAAUGUAAAAUUCACAGAGCUUUAAGUCUCUGAAUCAGGCUUUAAUUUCUUCUUAGAUGGAAAGUGUGGUUUCUGGGGAAAGGAGCUUACUAGUUGAGCAAGUUCAAAAAGAUCUUGGCAGUUCCAGUAAUUACUCAUUUCAUCAAUCCAUCUAUAUUUAAAGUGAGCUAAACCGAGUUCUUUCCUAUAAUGGCUGCUUCAAAUAAUGCUGCUUUACAUUUGGAGAGCCAAAUAAGGAAAUAGAACAUAAUCUUCCAGGAGUUUCUUUGCCUUUUAGUUCAUAUAGCCCAGAAACUUGCUGUAGCAGGGGCCCUUCUUUCUGUGAAACCUGUUUAACAUAUUUGACUAAACAAACUAUCUCCUAAAGAAAAGCAGGAGCUUUUUUUUGUGUGUGCCUUGCUCUAGCAUUGGCUCUUGAGGACAUUUCUGCAUUUGUAAAUGUACUAAAUGAGCGAUGGAUUUUGGACAGCUUCUAUGUUCUGAUUUGUGUUGUUGUGCUUUUUUUUUUUCCCUCACCCCCCCCUCCCCUUCUUCCCCUUUUAAUUUGUCUAGGGAAAAAAAAGCUCCUCCAGUGUUGUUUCCUGCAAAGACCAUUCUUAAGAGCUCAUUGGACAGCGCAGGGCUCCUGAAGUGAUAGCUAAUUGGUGAAAGAAAGGCCUCGAUUGUCUUGAGGGAGCUGGAAAGUGCUGCGUGUGCUGCUGAAAGGGACUAGGGAGAAGGUGCCUGGUUUCGCUGAGCAGCUGCUGCGGGAGAUGUUUGGAGAUUACAUCAGCAUUGGAAAAAAGGGGCAAAAAAAAAAAAAAAAAAGAAGUCCAACUUCACAGAGACGGAGUUUAUGGAGUUUUUUCCCCCUUCCAAAGGUCUUCUGACAAUACUGUCAUUGUCAAUAUAAGAGUUGUUAAUUCUUUAUGAAUAGCACAUGGGGCCUCUUGACUAACUAGUACGUUACAUGUCCCAAAUCUGUCAGCUGGACUCUUCUCUCACAUGCUAGUGAGAUCACUUUGAUUGGAAUGUUACAGGAAUUGCUGGGCUGGCCCUGCAGAACUGAAUGCUGCAUUAUAUAAUUAGGUCUCCCAGAGUACAUUUUUUUUUUUUUUUGCAUUAUUUCAUUAUUCUAGCUUAAACAUGGAAUCAGUCGUUUUGAUGAUUUUACUGGUUGUAAUUAUAUUAAUACGAUUCAUUUUGUGGUCCUGUCUUAGUGCUUAUAUAGAUUAUAAACUGUCCCGAAGGUUUCCUGACACAAGGAAAGAGGACUAAGAGACUUCAAAAAGCUUGUUCAGAUUUGAAUUGAUAAUGGGGAGAACUGGAUAAGGUAAAUGGAGUUAGAGCAGAUUUUUACCUGGGGAUCUGAUGAGAGAGAAAUGACCUGUUGAGACUGCAACUGAGUGAAGAUUCUUCAGAAAGCCUCACGUUGACAGAGGGGCUAAAAAUAAUGACAACUGAUUGAGUCAAAUGACUUCCUAUCAAACUUGGGUAUGAACUGAACAGACUUAUGAAGUUCUGCCAAUUAAAUGAUCUGGACAAGCUGGAAGGAAUCCUAUUGCUGGGCAAUCCGCGACGGCCAGUGGCCCGGUCUUGAUUAUGUGAAACAUGAUUGCGUGCUGCCUGCUGGACUAACUGCUAGUCUGUUCAUUAAGAUGUCGUCUCCACAGCCUGCCUGGAUGCAACAACUGACUGUGCCUGAAUGAAGCUGAGGAUUGCUGGCUGAGCUCUAUAUCCACGUGCUGCGCCAUGGACUUGCAGGAGUAGAUUUUUACCUGUUUGGCUGAUUUGUUUCCAGAUUCCUUGUGGUUCCACUUGGUCAGUUGGCUCUGAAACUCGGUGAAUGUUUUUAACUGACCAUAAACUGCUGAAUGUUCACAUUUCUUAUCAAGCAAUGUAGGAGUACCAAAAUGAGCUGGACACCACUGGAAUAGUCUGUUCCAUGAAAAACAGACCUGUGCUGCAGAGAUUGUCUGAUGGACUCUAGCUGUGCUUGAGCAGCACUGAGGAGUGUGGGAGGCACAUAUAACAGCAUAAUAUGCAAUGAAUUUUGGCUCCAAAGCCCUGCAAAUUACCUUUAUUUCUAGCCUUUAAUAAGGACCCUAGUAGGACACUGAAGGACACCAAGGUCAUAGUGACUUAGAACUUUUUUAUUAACUCACCUUGCAAAAUCAAAUUAGUGCUUCCAAGUGAACCACUGGCUUUCAAGCCGAUGUUAUACUAAGACAAACAUCCAAAAGUCUUACUGCAUAUACAACUCAAUUUAACAUCUACUUUCAAGAACUCAUUGUUUUCUACAGUAAAAGUAAAAAAAUGGUAUUGCCUUGUCUGAGAAAUGCAGUGUCUUUGCCCCAGUCACCUGUAGAAAAAAAAAUCCUUUUUGGGUUGAUAAUUUUCUGUGUGAUGUAAGAAGCCACUUCACAAACUGGCUUCUGUCUCUCUUGAUAGCUCAUAUGAUUAGAGUUCAGGCUAGGCAAAACCCUACAGUAUUCCCAUGAGUUUCUGGCCCAUUCAGGCCAGAAUCCUACAGGCUUGUGUAAUUAGUAACUGUUAAUCAAGUCUCAUCACUUUGUCUUUUGAAGCCUCCUAAAAUUCAGACAUGAUAGCUGGUACAUGUUAAUGUUGUGAAACAGCAUAAAUGUUGGGUCAAUUGAUUUCAGCCUCAGAUUUUAUUUAUGGUGGGUGACCAAUCUACAAAACAGCCUGCAGUGACUGAAGAUGCAUGUCAUUGACUUGAAAUCUAGCCAGAUGAUAAUAAAUUAAA